AGAAUUUCCUGCAAAAACUACUGAUGAUGAACUACAGAGCAAGAUACAUUAAAACUAAUGAGACCAAUGAGGAAGAUCACAAUGAACAAGGCAGUUAUGAUCCAUUUAAUCAAGAGUUGGAUUCUGAUGACUUUUUUUUCAAUUUAAGGUCAGAGUCUAAUGAAGUAAUAAGUAAAUCUGAGGCAAUCCACCCGAUGGAUGUUCAGAUGGCCAUGUUUCAUUGUGCUGAUGGUUUCCUGAAGCAGCUGAUGGUCACUAAACUGUCCCAGUGUCAGUACGCUCUGCCUCUGCUUGUUCCUGAUCCAUUCACACAACAGAUUGAGUUUCCUCUCUGGACAUUCAGACAAAUCAACAAGAGCUGGAAGAUGAGAAACACCUACUAUGAAACCAUCAGUCAAAGCCACCCAAUCUACAAGGCAGAAACUCCAAUGGUGUUUUUCUUCAGGUUUGGCUCUGUGUCUUCAUCCAAGUCUCAGCUGAUGAACAGUCUGAUCAAUGAGAAACACAACACGUUCUUCCACAGGAACUGCCCAGGCAGCAGCAGAACCAGAGUCCUGAUGGAUGGAGUGGUGGAGAUCGCCUGGUUCUGCCCCUCUGGGAAAAACACAGAUAAAUUCACUGACUGUAUUGCAUUCUGUAAUCUACAUGGUGAUGCAGGAGACCAUGAGAAACAGUUGCAGAUCCUCACUGAAAUGAGCUCAGUCAAUGUUGUUCUUCUACAACAACUGGAUAGGAAUGACAGAAGUGCAGAAAAGAUUCAAAUCCUGUCCAAGAACAGAAAGCCACUCGUUUGUCUUUUUACUGAGGAUGUUUCAACUCUCAAUGAAACAAGGAAACGAAAAUACAAGAUUGGUCUGAAGGACAGAAAUCAGUCAGAUGUAUCUCAAGAACUCAGAAGAGCUAUAAAUGACUGUCUCUUAGAAUCAUCUUUCACUUUCAGACUUGAAGAUGUGUCCAAACACUCAGACAUCAGAGUAGAUGAGGAAGAUGAUGAAGACUGCAGGAGAGGAAGAGAAGCAGCACAGCAGAUGAUGAGUUUACUGGAGAAGAAAGAUCUGACAGAAAUUAAAGAAUCAGUGCUGCCUCAUCAGGGGAAACUGUGGCAUCAGUGGUGUCAGAAGAACAAAGAACUACAUCGACCUCGAGCAGAUGAGACAGAAAUGGACAUCACAAGAAAACACUCAGAGAUGAAAAAAAUCCGUCAACAGCAGCAUGAAUCUGACAUAAAUGCUUUUAUACAUCUUGCAGCAGAGAUGAUGAUCUCUGGAUUUCCACUGGAGCUGAUGGAUGGAGAUGCUGCUCAUGUUCCUGUGAUCUGGAUCUCUGCUGUUCUAGAUGAACUCAUCCAGAAACUGGGAGACCAGAGAGUCUUUGUGCUGUCAGUUUUAGGGAUUCAGAGCUCUGGGAAAUCCACCAUGCUGAAUGCCAUGUUUGGACUCCAGUUUGCCGUCAGUGCUGGCAGGUGCACCAGAGGAGCUUUCAUGCAGCUGGUCAAAGUGUCAGACGAGAUGAAAACACAGAUGAACUUUGACUAUAUUCUAGUUGUUGAUACUGAGGGUCUUCGUGCUCUAGAACUGGCUGGAAGAUCAACAAAAGUUCAUGACAAUGAAUUGGCCACAUUUGUUGUUGGUCUUGGAAAUAUGACAUUGAUCAACAUCUUUGGAGAAAACCCAUCUGAGAUGCAGGAGAUUCUUCAGAUUGUUGUUCAGGCCUUCCUGAGGAUGAAGAAGGUCAGACUAAAUCCCAGCUGUGUGUUUGUGCAUCAGAACGUUUCAGACGUCACAGCUGGAGAGAAAAAUGAGGAGGGAAGGAGACGACUGCAGGAGAAACUGGAUAAGAUGACAAAACUUGCUGCUAAAGAUGAAGUCUAUGAUGCAGGAUGUUUCAGUGAUGUCAUUAAAUUUGAUGUUCAGAAUGAUGUGAAGUAUUUUGCUCAUCUCUGGGAGGGAAACCCACCGAUGGCACCACCAAACCCAAACUACUUCUACAGGAAACUGGAGACAAAAUACAGCAAAUGGUCCUGGAGUCUUCGCAGUGCCAUGAUGGAAACUGAGAACAAACUACACAACAAAAUAGAAAAUGAAGCAAUUCAUGAGGUUGAGGAAACUGAUCUUCAAAGAGAACUGAAGAAGACAAGUGAAGAAGUGGAAAAAUCAAUGUCAGAAUACUUUGAGAAAGACACAGAUGCAGAUAUACUGAUUCAGUGGAAAACAUCAUUUGAAAUCAAAAUCAAAGAGAUUCAGGAAAACAUUGAAGGAGUUCAAAGAGUCUGA